AUGCACCAAGUCCAGCAACACCACUCUUGUUUUUCCAUGGCUCAAUCCAACAUUCUCGUCCGUCUCUCAGGGCGGAAGCGUGAAAACCACAUCACUAAGUCAAACGGCAACACGAAAGGAUCCGCACCAGAUAUCUCGUGGCGCCGCAGAUCUCUUACUUCUCUCCGCCGUCGGCUCAGCCCCGGACUCAAACAUGUGUCUUCGCCAACCCAAACACUCGCGCGUGGCCUGAGUGUCACGUCUGAUCCGGUCCAUACCACCAACGGCAAAGAGACCAACAACCACAAACUGCUCACCAACAAUGACACCACCGAGCUCCCAACCCCUUACAGCAAGCCAGUCGAGCUCAUCCGCCAGGAAGAGUACCCCCACAUGAACCAGGGAACACGACACGAGGACGAAGUGGACCAUCCCCAUUCAGGGCCGGCAUAUGCUCCUGACAGCCCGUAUGAAUAUUAUAGCACUCAAGAUGUCGCGGCGCGACUGAAUUACGUAGGGGAUUCGGAACCCCAGAGGCGCGGGAUUUCCCAACGAACCAACUAUUCCAUCGGAUCUGUCCGGAAGAGCUAUAUCGACAUGACGAUCCCACUGACCGGUGCAAAUUGCGAUGACCGCCGGGAGCGUCGGAGACGCUGGGAUCAAUCCCCAAGCCUACCGAAGUUUGGUGAGGUCCCGUAUAGGGGACGAUUGGUUCGCAAAGAGUCGGGGCAUAUCCUGGCGCUGAGGAAGUACUUUGGCGGCGGGACGGUGUCGAUGGUGAGCACUGUUGGCGGGGCCUGGCAUCUCUCGAAGGGGCUGGAAGGCGGGACUGCGGCGACUGCUGGAGAGGAACAUGGUGCCGCGCUACAUGAGGGACUCGAGGACGGGACGUUGCCAUUUCACAGUAUCCUGGCGCUCGGGGAGGCCAUCGAUGUCCAUGCCGAGCUGUACGGGUCGAUGGAUAACAUCUCAACACAUACAACGGCGUUGAUGAGGCGGAUGUAUGUGGGGAUGAGGGGGUUGCGGUACGGUAAUGGGCAACCGCUAUGCAAGAUUUAUGAGGGCGAAGACGAGGGAGAGGCGUUCGGUGAUGCUAGGUUACAGGGUGCUACGGUGGCGUUCAAUGUGUUUCGGGCUGAUGGAGGAUACGAGUCCUAUGCCACGGUGGAAAGGUUGGCCAACAAUAGGGGGGUAUAUGUGCGUUCUGGUGGUCCCGAUGGGAUUGGCCUCAUCAACGAGUUGCCAACUGGUGUGGUUCGAGCCAGCCUUGGAGCGAUGAGCACAGUUCACGACGUCGACCGGUUCCUGUCUUUCCUGCACGACACCUUCGUUGCAAGGGCGGAUAGUGCAUAUGCAAGCAGCGAUGGGAACGACUCUGUUAUGUCCGACCAACUUGAGCCCCGGGGCACAGUUUCUGCUGAGCAGCACGAGUUCGGCCCAGGAGAUGCUUCUUGCGCAUAG